CCAAAGGCGAAAAAAUAUUAAAGAAAUACUAUAAAUAUCCUUGACUCAAAUAUUUUUUUUAUCAUAGAUAAAAAAUAGAAAUAUCUUAUUUCAUCCAUUCAAGACAAAUCCUUCAAUCAUAGGCAUAUAUCACAAACAGGCGAACAAAUCCCAAGAAACAAAGCCCUUAUUAUAAAGGAGGUUCCCUCAAAUUUUUCCUGAUUCCUCAUCUGUUUAUAUAUCAAAAUCGCGAAUUUGAAUUUGAGCGGUGGAUUGACCUCGAUGAGCGGUUUAGGGUUCCAGAAAAUUUCGUUAAUUGCACUCGAAAGAGGGGAUUUUUAAGCCUUAGAUUGCCUGGUUUUGGUUGCAUUACUAUCCUUGCGAUCUAUGGAAGCUUACAGGAGAUGGGUUCAGAGGAAUAAGGAAUAUGUGCAUUCUUUGGAGUCUUUAGCUAAUGGUUUAACAUGGCUUCUCCCAGAACGAUUUUCAGAAUCAGAAAUCGGACCAGAAGCAGUUACAUCCCUUUUGGGUAUUAUCACUACCAUCAACAACCACAUACUCGAGACGCCUCCAACACGGGCACGAACAGGGCUUGCAGAGUCUUCUUCUUUCCCUUUGUCACUCUGCAUAACUUUGCUUAAGGACAUGGAAACUCUCGUUGAAGUUGUUGCCCAGCAAUAUUAUGGUGAAGAGAAAAAAUGGAACUUCAUGGCCUUAACAGAAUCCAUCAAGGCAUUACUCAGGUUAGCAGUUUUGCGGAAAAAUGGUUACAAAAUGCUUUUGCAUGGUGGGGAGAGUAGUAAUGACGGGUGUGAAUUAGAUUCUCGUAUAAAUGGGCUUCCUUCGGGCCCAGGCCCGCAAACUCCAUGGAAUCUUGAAGGAAGGGCCUUGUCUGCCUUAAGUAGGUUUGGUGAAAAUGCUAGGUCAGUGUCUGAGCCCACUUGGUUGCGUCGAGUGCAUCACCAGCAGGAAAUCUUGGAGCCUCCAACACUGGUGAAGGAGAAACCUAAUCUCUCGACUUUCUUGUCCGCAAAGGGUAUUUCCGGGGGCCUGUUUUUAACAGGAGAGGUUAUGUUCAUCUUAAGACCGCUCGUUUAUGUGUUGCUAAUAAGAAGAUAUGGUGCCCGCUCAUGGCUUCCAUGGCUUACUUCUUUAUUAGUAGAUCUUAUUGGACAUGGAAUUAUUUCAACAGUCACAGUAUCGAGUCGCCUUAGCAAGGAUUUUAAACUUUCCACUAUCGAGAAAAAUGAGUUAAAAAGGCGAAAGUUUCUAUGGGCUCUUUACCUCAUGAGAGAUCCUUUUUUCACCAAGUAUACCCGGCAAAGACUUGAUAGAACCGAAAAGCUACUAGAGCCUAUUCCCAUUAUCGGGCUUCUUACUGAGAAACUUGUCGAACUUCUGGUUGGAGCUCAAACGAGGUACACGUACAUGUCUGGUUCAUGAUUUCAACAGGUCCUACAGGCUACAAGAUUUACUUGUGGAACUCAUAUAUUUUGCCUUGCGAUUCUGUUGUAGCAUUAGAUCGUCGUUAGGUUAAAUUAAUUUUUGUAAUCUGUCUUGAUUUUCUGUUUUUAAUUAUUAUUAUUAUUUACUGCUGUGAUGAUGAUGAUGAUGAUGAU